UUCGUCCACACCAACAGCUCAACAGAAACAAAACGCAAUACGAUUCCUUCGGCUUGCUUUCACCUUAUCAAUGCAUACAUUUUUGAUAAUUUGAGACAAUAAUACAAUAUUACAAAAAAAACGAACUGUUCGAAGCCUCUUCUGCUGAUCGUCAUGGAUCAAGAAGAAAUCUGCCAGAUAUGCAAUUCCGCAGCCUCCAAAUAUAGCUGCCCUCGGUGUAACAUUUUCUAUUGCUCCUUGUCCUGCUACAAAUCUCAGAAGCAUGAAAACUGCUCGGAGAGCUUCUACAGGGAAAACGUUAUCCAGGAAAUGGCUUCCCUCAAAGACGACGAGCAGGAAUCGGCUCAAAGUUCCAAAGCGAUGAUGGACAUUCUCAAACGAUUGGAUGGAACUGCGGAGGCACCUUUUGGGGACGAGGAGGAAGAGGACGAGGACGAUGAGAACCGUUUCGAAGAGAUCGAUUCUGACGACGAGGAGAACAUUGCCAGUUUGGCUGAACGGCUUGGCGGGAUCGAUUUGGACAAUGCCGAUGCCGUUUGGGAACAGUUAACGAAGGAAGAACGGAUGGAGUUUCAGAACAUUUUAGAGAGCGGGGACGUUAGCCAAAUUAUGCCGGAACUUGAGCCUUGGUGGAUGGGUCAGUAUAAGGUGGACCUGGUACAAUCUGCUGAGGGUAACAAAUUGUCCACGGGAGAAAAGGAACUCCUGGAAAAGUGUCCACCUAUUAAGAAGAAUAUCAAAUGCUUCAAGGAGCUUUGUAGCAAAGAGCCUUCCACGUUUAUGAAGUUCAAUUUGGCCAACAUUCUGGCAGCUUACGCCCUAACGUACCGUUACUUCAACGGAGAUUUCAAGGACUGCAUCCCAGAAGCAGUCAACUGUAUGAUAUCGAUUUGUGGCAACUUCAAAUGCAACACCAUUUACGAUUGCGAGAAGCUCGCCGUGGAAUCGGUUUGCCACGAAUGCCGCCAAGAGCAACUUCCGGCGGAUAGUGAAACCAGUUUACUACUGGCACAGGACGUGGAACAGUUUUUCGCCGGACCGAGCAACUGUGGGGUCAAAUACCGGAAACACUUUGUCCUGGCAGCCCUGUCGGAUGCACAUCGGCUGUUCAGUCUGGCCAAGAAGGACGACCAGCAGCGACAAAAACAGGGCGAAUCGGGGAAAGCGGCUAUCGGGGAGUUUAGCAGUAAGUUUUGCGAUCAAGUUGGACAGCUGGAUUAUUUGGAACCGGGGCAGCUUAAAAGCUAUAUCAAAAAGCUUGACUUUGUGCUUUCGUAUGCUAAGGAUUAUCUGUAGCUAAGUUUUAUACAAACCAAUACUGAAAUAAAAAGCGAUACAGAGAAAAUAAAUGAGUUUAUUUCGAAUGUAA